UACACGGAAACCAAUUUGGGGAAAUAUCCGGUUGACACGAUGUAUGAUGAUUUCAUAAACCAUGCUCAGCUUCAACACAUUCUAUUGGAGGAUGUAUUUUUAUCAGAUACCAAGGGAUUGGACAAAAAAGCAGAUGCUCGUUUGAGAUUCCCGGGAUUCCCAAUAAUGGAAAGGCCUUCGUUGUCAACCGUUUCAUUUAUGAAAAAAGAAAAAAAUACUAUUCCUCGGACGACUGUUGAGUUCAUGUACAUAAAGUUGAAUCAUCAAUCUCAAUGUUCCCUAGAUGCAUUAGCCAAAAAUAUUUUGACCAAGACAGUCUAUAUAAAUUGGCCAUACUUGCAAGAAGCUUAUGCUGUUGGAGUGACCGAUUUUAAAAAUAAAAUCAUUCUCAAGGAUUAUUGGAAAAAAUACGCGGAAGAUAAUAUAACAUUAAGUAAUCCAACUCUCAACGUUGUGCAGAGCUUGAAGAAUGAUUGCGACUCUAUUACUGAAAAAUAUAAAAAUAACAUGGGUAUCGACAUUGGAGAGACAAAACAAGAAACAGGUGGAAGUCUGUCUUGGAAGCUCAUCCUUACCAAACGUUAG